CUGUGGUCGGAACUUUCUCCUCACCUGACGGAGAAAAACAGAAAUGUCUCCUCUCUCGUUACAUCCAUCAGUCUCUGAUUUGUUGUUCCGAGUUUGUUCCCGUUGUCAUCACUAACCUCACGAGAACCAGGCUGUAGCAAGUGGCAGUUCUUGCGAGGCUGGUGACAAUUCAGUUUGGAGAGGCUCAGGAAUGUUUUUUAAAGCUCAGCUGCGAUGGCAAAGCUGCAGGGCUUCGAGUUCUGGAGGACGACCUUGAAGGCGGCGCGCUUCGUGGUGGCGCCCAUGGUGGACCAGAGCGAGCUGGCCUGGCGCCUCCUGAGCCGCCGGCACGGCGCGCAGCUCUGCUACACGCCCAUGCUGCACGCACAGGUCUUCGUCCGGGACGCCAACUACAGGAAGGACAAUCUGUACAGCGAAGUGUGCCAGGACGACAGACCUCUGAUCGCUCAGUUCUGUGCCAAUGAUCCAGAAGUGUUCAUCCAGGCGGCCCUGCUGGCUCAGGACUACUGCGACGCCAUCGACCUCAACCUGGGCUGUCCGCAGAUGAUCGCCAAGAGAGGACACUACGGAGUUUUCCUCCAGGAUGAGUGGGAGCUGCUGGAGAAGAUGAUCAGGUUAGCCAAUGAGAAGCUGUCGGUACCGAUCACAUGUAAGAUCCGUGUCUUCACGGAACUGGAGAAGACGGUUCGGUACGCUCAGAUGCUGGAGAGGGCUGGCUGUCAGCUGCUGACGGUGCACGGCAGAACCAAAGACCAGAAAGGAGCCAUGACCGGCAUCGCCAGCUGGGAGCACAUCAAGGUGGUGCGGCAGGCGGUGAAUAUCCCCGUGUUUGCUAACGGGAACGUCCAGUACCUGAGUGACGUGGAGCGCUGCAUCCAGGAGACCGGAGUCCAGGGGGUCAUGAGUGCAGAGGGAAACCUCCACAACCCGGCGCUGUUCGAGGGCCGCAGCCCCCCCGUGUGGGAGAUGGCUGACGAGUAUCUGGAGGUGGUGAAGCAGCACCCGCCGUGCUCGCUGUCCUACGUACGAGCCCACCUCUUCAAGCUCUGGCACCACACUCUGCAGAUCCACCAGGACCUGAGGGAGGACCUGGCCAAGGUGAAGACCCUGGCCGCCCUGGCCGACGUUAGCAGCCAGCUGAGGCAGCGCUGCCAGGAGGAGGUGGCUAAAAGAAAAGGUGCAGAAGAUAAGGAGGAUAAGGAGGGUGACCUGCCGUUCCCUCACUGGAUCUGCCAGCCGUACGUCCGGCCAGCGCCCAAGCCGGUGACCAACGGUACGAGUCCGGCCCCGGGGGUCAAGAAGACGGUCUGUCAGAAGAGAGCCCUGGAAGACUCUGACGGGACGCUGGAGGCCCUCUCCAAAAACAAGCUGAAGAAAAGAUCCAGAAACCCCCGCAAAAACUUCAGCCCCGAGCAGAAACCCAAGUACCUCAAGUGUGAGCAGUGUGGCAACCCAAAGGGAAAUAAAUGCGUCUUCAACUUGUGUCGAGGCUGCUGUAAGAAGAAGGCCUUCAAGGAGGUGGCAGAUUGUCCAAGCCACGGGCUGAGGUUCAAGACCAAGGCUGAGAGACAGAAGGCCCAGGAGGAGGAGCAGAAGGACGGGCAGGAGGAGGAGCAGAAGAAUGGGCAGCAGAAGAAUGGGCAGCAGAAGAAUGGGCAGGAGGACACAGAAGAGCCCAGUCCGUCUCCUCAUCCCGUCAUAGAUUCCAGCUCGGACCUCCAGGAGCGGCCCGGUGCUCAGCUGCUAUGAUCGGGAGCGCCGGGAGUCUGAGCUGCCAGCGGUCGGACAUGUGACUGCGUUCAGCCGGCGUGCUGCCCCUCGUCUGUCCCACGACCACGUCUGUGCAACAUUGAGAAGUAAACCUGAAACAGAACUGCAGCUGGAGCCAUGGGGGACGCUGAGGCUCCACCCGGCCCCACGGCCACCGGCUCAGGGUGGAAAUGUCCCGGUAAACUUCCAGAAGCUCUGGAUCCGUCUGGAGCUGCAGCCGGAGACGUCGGGAAGGGUUUUAGUGCACAAACUUUCUGUGGAAGUGAACUGGAACUUUACCAUGAACAUGAGCUUAAAGAUGUCGGUCGGAGGCAGACGCAGCUGCUUUUUAUAAGAAAAUAAAUUUUAGGGAUUUAUCUGUGAGUGUUUGGUCUGCUUUUGGGGGAGAACUGAUCUGGCAUCAGACGGUAACACACCUUAACACAUCUGCUUAACUGGCUGUCUG